CUUGAAGCUCGCUUUAACUAGCACGGCAGCAUUAAUACCAGUAUCAAUAUCAGUAUUUGAUUGAUCUACCGAGUUGUAUGCUCUUGUCUAAGAGAGCUUACAACUUAGUGGUGGAGUCUUAUCACUGUCUCUGGCCCGAGGGACACUUUUGAUCCCUGAUCGUGCUACACACUUGCUGGGGGAGAUGGCUGCCCUCGACACAAACCGGCAGAAUGGAGUGGUAAAGAUACGCGGCCUCAUGGUGAUCGACAUGGUCUUUUUUAUGGGAAUGGGCAUCACAAUCUUCACAUGCUUUUUAACGCUCACUCAGGUUGACGUCAUGCAUGCCCUGAUCGGUUUCUUGAUGGGUGGAUUACUCAGCAUCCUGAGGGUGUGGGCACUGGAAGAGACUGAUCUGAAUCCUGUAAGCGGAGUGGAGAAGAUCUCGCAACUUCUCUUUGCUUGGAUUCAACCUGGCAAUGUGGUUGCAAACAUCAUUGCCAGAGGUGUUGCAGAAGCUGGGCAUCUGUGCUAG